UGUGUGUAUGUGCAUGUAUCAGUAUCAGUGUGUGUGUGUUGUAAGUUUGUUAUGAGUGUGUUUGCAUGUGUUUGCCGGGAGCCAAGCACACUCUGUCUCAGCUAUUUUCUCAGGCUCAUGUUUACAGCCUUUUGUCUCCCGGAAACCAUUCAUCUCUUUUUAUCACUUUUACAGCCUGCACUCUGGCAAAGCCACCCAGUUGUCUGUUCUCAUCAGUACACCCUCAAUUGACAGUUUAUGGGUAAUGGGAUGGUGGUGACAGUGAUGAUUUGAUCUGGGGCCUGUCAUGGCCUUCCCGCUUGCCUGUCUUUAUAAGCCACUGUCCUGAAAUAAAGUUUGAGAGCUUGAUCAGACAAUUGACUUGCUCUCCUUCCUUGGGCCUUCUGGUCCCCAUUCUUUGCCCCCUCUCCAGGUCUCUGCUGCACCCCCACUACCCCACAGGAUGGGACAACUCGUGUCCAGAUGUGGGGCUUGGUUGGGGGAUCUGUAUGAACGUUUCUUGCCCAUGGAUGUCCCCCUCACACAGGAUCAACACUUCCCAGGGGUCGGGAGAGAAGAUCUGCAUUGUGAUUGCCAAGGGCUCCCACUGUGAGUGCGAUCCUUGUAAGGUAAGAUUAAGAAAUGCAGUUAUGGGACAGGCAUUGAGUAAACACAGCGUAGUUUUAAAGGGUCUCAAGGAGUCCCUCAAGGCACAAAGAACUCGGGUUAGGAAGAAGGAUCUUGCUCAAUUCUUUAUAUUCAUUGACGAUACUUGUUCUUGGUUUCCCCAAGAGGGAACUACUGAUGAAAACAACGUGGGCCAGUGUGACAGCCUUUGCUGACUGAGAUGAAGAUAUGUACAGGAUAUCUUGGGGCGCUACGGUGCCGGAUCUAGUCAGGGCAAAAGACAGCCUUUUUUUUUUUUGUGAUUUUUACACAAAGACUUGCGGGCUGUAGGUCCCCUGCAGUGUGAUAAGUAGUGUCAUCUUCUACAUAAAAUCCCCACUCAGAGGACAAGAUAGUAAGAAAUCAGAGAGUCCCGUUCCUUAAGCACAUUAACUGUACCUAUCUGGUAAGCAUUUAAUAAAAACUCACAAAGGCAUUGAGUGGAGAUGGAAAGUGCUUGCAGAUGGCUCCUAAGGCUAUACAUUCAGGGAAAUGAAAUGCUUUGAAGAAUAAUAAGAGGAGCCUCAGGCUAUAAGAUUUGCUCCUCAAUGGUUUGUCUUUGUUUUUCCUUUAUGGAAUAGACAGGGCCUCAUUUGUUUGUAACCCAGGAUCGUCUGAAAAUCAUUGUGGAGUAUAGUUAGACUCUUCUUAAACUCACAGAAAUCCUCCUCCCCUAGUGUCUCCCUUAGUCUGGUUGAUAAGAUUACAUGGGUAGUUAACCACACACAUCUAUCACUUAAGCAUAUCCAAAUUCAAUAAUUGAUCUAUACCUUUUUUAUGUUUAAUAUUUGGAAAUGAUUUCUCGUAAUAUAUAGGAUUGAAAGGAUAAAGGAAUUGUGUGUCAAGUUUCAACUUACACACUCACAGACACACAGACACACAGACACGCAGACACGCAGACACACACACACACACACACAUACACACACACACACACUUAUGAGCUCUUCUCAAUGUGAAGGUCAAGAAUCAGACAGGGCAUAAAAGUUGACCAUUAAAGAUUUUUUUCCACGUUUAUUAACUUGGGUAUUACUUUUUUUUCCCCAUCUUUAUUAACUUGAGUAUUUCUUAUUCACAUUUCGAUUGUUACUCCCCUUCCCGGUUCCCAGAUUGUGAAGGGUCUGAUGUUCUGAGAGCCUCCUGAGCCUCUGUCCCCUGUAGAUUGGUCGUGGGAACAAGUCGAACUGGGGGUCUUCUCUGAACUGUGUAGCCAGAAUGAAAGGUAUCCUCACCAGUCCAGAGCCCUGUGCACCCGGAAUGAAUGGAGGCACCAAGCCUAGCCUGGGUAGUUCCUGGGCAUGGUUUCUACAUUGGGCACCCUGAGGCCCAUGGAGUGGCAGAGUGGUUUGUGGCUUGGGGUUCACAAGCAGCAUUAGAAGCAGGAUUGAAGUCCCUCCUAUUGAGUCCACUACAGGCCACAGUGGGGUACCCUGUGUAGGUGAGUGCAGGAGGUUGCAUGGAGGAGCUGUGGGUGGGUGCUCUCUAGGUAUAGGGGUCAUAUGUUAGGGGUCAGGCUAUGGAGGUUGGUAAGAAACGCAGCAAGGCUACAGAGGGAGAAUGAAUAGGGUGACCACGGUAAUAGGGUCUUCCAGGCAUGCUUCUUGUGACUCUUAUUUAUGUGUCCCGAAAGAACUGACCGAUGCCCUAAAGGAUGACAAAAUCCUCCUGUAGUGUGCAGAAGUGAGAUGAGGCAAGGCCAUGUGGUGGCUAGGGGUGCAUGUUAUUUUGCACACCAGUCCUGACACCUUGGUGUCUCAAAGGCAGCUUUCAAAUCCAAUUACAUCCCAUGGUAAAGCAAAUCAACUGACUUCUUAGAACCUGGAAGACCUCCAUCUCCAUAGCCCAGACUUGUCCCUGUGGAGCAAGAGCAGGCACAGCGAAGGGAGGUGAGUGGCUUCGGGAUCCAUGGUGAGCAACCUAGCCCUACCUUGUGGCAAGUAGGCCUCAUGGGAGAGCAUCGCAAAGCAGUCUGCGAUGGUAUUAGUGACACUCUUGUCACUUAAUGUUCUCAUUGUUGGGCAGAGACUGGGUGACCUCCUGCCUGAGGAUUGGCCUGCCACAAGACCGUCUGCACGUAGGCUUUCCCGUAGCUCUCCCCUCAGGCUCCAAGAACAGAAGCCCAUUUCUGCCAACGCAACCUGAGUACUGGUUUGAAUCUGUGUGUUUUUCUGUUGUUCCCAACCCUCAGUGCUGGGCAGGAAGUCUGAGCCAGCACACGGAAGAGAGAGUCCACCCUGUGCCGAAUAAUCUAGAGUGGGGCAUUGGACCGGAUUGAUUGAUGAAAUCCACAGUGGAACCUGGAGUCAGCAGAAGGAGGGCCCCACCUUCCUGCGGUGCAUAUAAAAGAAUGUGGUGUCUGCGGUAUCACCAGCUUCUGCACCCUCCACUGAACAGUUCUCUCUUCUCCCUGCUCACUUACCCACACCCUCACGUUCCUCAGCAUGGCCACCUGCAACCGUCAGUUCACCUCCUCCAGCUGUUGGAAGGGCUCCUGUGGCAUCGGUGGUGGCUUUAGCCGCAUGUCCUCAGUCCUGGCUGGAGGAUCCUGCCGGGCUCCCAGCACCUAUGGGGGCAUGUCCGUCACCUCCUCUCGUUUCUCCUCUCGGGGAGCCUGUGGGAUUGGAGGUGGCUAUGGUGGGCGCUUCAGCAGCAGCAGUUUUGGUGGUGGUAUUGGUGGAGGACUUGGUGGUGGUAUUGGCGGAGGACUUGGUGGUGGUAUUGGUGGUGGUCUUGGUGGUGGUAUUGGUGGAGGACUUGGUGGUGGUCUUGGUGGUGGUAUUGGUGGAGGACUUGGUGGUGGUAUUGGUGAUGGGCUUGGCAAUGGGCUCCUGGUAGGCAGUGAGAAAGUGACCAUGCAGAAUCUCAAUGAUCGUUUGUCCAACUACAUGGAUCAGGUGCGUGCCCUGGAAAAGGCCAACAGUGACCUGGAGGUGAAGAUCCGGGACUGGUACCAGAGGCAGCGUCCCACUGAGCUUAAAGACUAUCGUUCCCACUUCAGGACCAUCGAGGACCUGAAGAGCCAGAUCAUGACAGCCACACAGGAGAAUGCACAGACCAAUUUACAGAUCGACAAUGCCAGGCUGGCAGCUAAUGACUUCAGGACCAAGUAUGAGUCUGAGCUGUUCUUGAGUCAGUCCGUGGAAAUAGACGUCCAAAACAUAACCAAGGUGCUAGAUGACCUGGGCUCAAUUGGAGCCGACCUGGAGAUGCAGAUUCAAAGCCUCACAGAGGAGCUGGCCGCCCUGAAUAGGAAUCACCAGGAGGAGAUGCUUGCCUUGAGGGGUCAGACUGGUGGGGACGUCAACGUGGAGAUGGACGCAGCUCCUGGUGUGGACCUGAGCCGCAUCCUGAACGAGAUGAGGGACCAGUAUGAGCAGAUGGCAGAGAAGAACCGCAGAGAUGUGGAGGCCUGGUUCCAGAGCAAGACCGAGGAGCUGAACCAAGAGGUGGCUUCUAACCAUGAGCUGAUACAGAGCGGCCGCAGCGAGGUGUCUGAGCUCCGCAGGGUGUUCCAGGGCCUGGAGAUAGAACUGCAGUCCCAGCUCAGCGUGAAAGCAUCCUUGGAGAACAGCCUAGAAGAGACCAAAGGCAGAUACUGCGUGCAGCUGUCCCAGAUCCAGGGUUUGAUCGGCAGCCUGGAGGAGCAGCUGGCUCAGCUGCGCUGCGAGAUGGAGCAGCAGAGCCAGGAGUACAACAUCUUGUUGGAUGUGAAGACUCGGCUGGAGCAGGAGAUCGCCACCUACCGCCGUCUGCUGGAUAGCGAGAAUGUCCACUCCUCCUCACAGCACUCCUCUGGGCAGUCCUAUUCUUCUGGAGAAGUCUUCUCCUCAUCCUCCCGGCAGCCCCGGUCCAUCCUCAAGGAUCAAGGCUCAACCAGCUUCAGCCAGAGCCAAAGUCAGAGUUCCGGGAACUAA